UACAUUUAUGCGGAAGUUAUCGUUGCGUGGGAGUGUAGUACACAUUUGUCAGUGGUUGUCUGGUGUGUUGGUGGCGAAGGAGGUGGACUAUGUGUCCCUAAAUUUGAAUGGUGUGCAGUUAGUGUAGUAUUUGAACAUGGGGGUGGGUCUUCAGCCACUAGAAUUUUCGGACUGUUUAACUGAUAGUCCAUAUUUUAGAGAAAAACUUCACACGCACGAGAAGGAACUAGAAAGAACGAGUCAGCAAAUAAAAGGUCUAGUGAAAGAAGUCAAAGACUUGCUCAGUGCUGCUAAAAACUUGUCGCGGGCCCAGCGCACUCUGUCCAAUAGCCUUGUCAAGUUCAACUUCGAAUGUAUUGGCACUUCGCAGACCGAUGAUGAGGUGGGCAUCUCUGUGUCACUCAAAGAGUUCGGGCGCCUUAUCGCCAAUAUUGAGGACCAGCGGGACAUGAUGCUUGACCGUGCAUACGACCAGAUCAUUCUUCCCUUGGAGAACUUUCGCAAAGAACACAUCGGUGGAGUGAAGGAAGGCAAGAAGAAGUUCGAGAAACAGACGGCGAAGUUUUGUCUGAGUCAGGAACGCUAUCUGAAUCUCUCGACCAAGAAACAAGACGCGGUUCUCAAAGAGGCUGAUGCAGCACUUGUAAUGGAGCAACGUCAUUUUGUCCGCGCCAGCCUUGAAUAUGUCUUCCUUCUGCAGGAAGUACAAGAAAGGAAGAAAUUUGAAUUUGUUGAAACUCUCCUGGGGUUCAUGUAUGGUUGGCUUACCUUCUACCACCAGGGCCAUGAAGUAGCAAAUGAGUUCAAGCCGUACAUGCGAGAACUCCAGUUCAAGAUACAGAAGACAAGGGAAAACUUUAAUGCGACUCGAGACAAAACCGAAUCCCUUAUGAAGAAGAUACUAGAGAAAUCCAUGGGAUCUGGAGCAUCAAGCAUGUCGAAUGUAAGAGAGGGCUAUCUUUAUCUCAUGGAGAAAAAGGCAUUUGGUACGACAUGGACCAAGCACUAUUGCAUUUAUCAUAGAGAUACCAAGGAAUUUAAGAUGAUUCCUUACAACCAGAUGACUGGAAAAUUUAACUCUGCAGAUACAAUGACCCUAGCAUCAUGUACUCGAAGGAUGUCAGAUUCUAUAGAAAAGCGCUUCUGUUUUGACAUUACAUCUGAUGACAGGCCUGGCAUGCUGUACACUUUACAGGCAUUGUCUGAGGAUGACCGAAAAUUAUGGAUGGAUGCGAUGGACGGCAAGGAACCUGUAAGUGAAGAUAAGCAACAGCAUGUGACAUAUGCCAUGCCAGGAAAGAUCCCCAAAACAGAAGAGAGGAACCUAGAUGAAACCGGCUUCAAUUUUGUGAAACGAUGUAUUGAAGUGCUCGAAAACAGAGGUCUGGAAGAGCAGGGUCUGUAUAGAGUAGGAGGGGUAAGCUCUAAAGUAUCAAAAUUGCUGUCAGUGGGACUGGACCAGCGGAAAGCAGAUAAAUUGAGUGCCCUGGAUGACUCAUAUGAUUGGGAGACCAAGACAAUCACCAGUUCGCUGAAGACCUAUUUGAGAAGUCUCCCUGAACCUCUAACGACAUUCCGUUACCAUAAUAGUUUCAUAGCUGCAGCCAAACAAGAAACAAGAACAUUGAGGGUGAAUGAUGUUCACACCCUUAUCCACAGGCUUCCACAACAGAAUCGUGAUAUGCUCGAUAUUAUUAUAAAGCAUUUAAAGAAUGUUGCAGCAAAGAGUGACAAGAAUCUUAUGACAGUGAGCAAUCUGGGAGUGUGUUUUGGUCCUACAUUGCUCCGAUCAGAGGAGGAGACUGUUGCUGCCAUAAUGGACAUUAAGUUUUGUAAUGUUGUUGUGGAGAUUCUCAUUGAGAACUAUGAAAAGAUCUUCAAGAGUUCGCCUGAACAGGUUGAUCCUUCUCUACCAGAGCCUCAGGCUUUUCCAUCAGUGAGCAUUCCAUCAGUACAGAACCACAUUCAGCCCAUGCCAUCAGCACCUUCACAUGUAACACGACAACAGAAGUUCAACCCCAAUCCAUCUGGUGCUCUACCUAUACGACAUACUGUAAUCAAAUCAUAUUAUGAUGAGCCUAUACCAGUGCCCCUCAGUUCGAGUCUCCACAAUGUGGCACGAGGUCGUGAACAAGAAGGUAAUGGUGUAGGUUAUGUCAUGGGGCAAGUAGAGCACAUGAACAAUGUGGGACAUCAACAGCAUCAUUUAAUGCCAAAUCAGAAGCUGAGAGGAGUGAUGACCAUGAGAGGUGGACCUCAAGGCAGCAUUGGGGCUUACUCAGAAAGCAAUCUGUUGGCCCUUGGCUCUCAGCAGCAUAGAUAUAGUCCUCAGUAUCAUAUGCAGCAUAAAAAUGCUUUCCUGUAUGGAAAUAUGGCCAACUCAGAGGGUGUAGACCAGGCUAAUAGUUGCACAAGUAGUUCCAAUGAAUCAGUGUCCUCCCCACCUGUAUGGAACACUGACAAUCACAAUAAAUACCCUGCUGAUUCUCCUCAAAAGACUAAACGAGGCAGUAUCCUGGGACUCCAUUAUGCAGUUAGCUACAAAGCUCCUGAAGCUUUAAGGGUGCGAACAUUGUAUGCAUGUUUGGGAGAAAAUGAUGGAGAACUAUCAUUCGAACCUAAUCAGAUCAUAACAAAUGUGCGGUCAUCUCUAGAACCUGGCUGGUUGGAGGGGACCCUUAAUGGGAAGACAGGUCUUGUUCCUGAAAAUUACGUCGAGUUCCUACCCUAAAUGCCAGGUAUCAAGUUAGGCAGUGCCAACUUUGUUACUCACCAGCCACAUCAGCUCAUCAGCCACCUUCAGAAUGAUCAUCAGACUUGGGCCUGUUUGUCAAGCAGCAUCCACCAAAAGAGCAUAUUGAGCUCUGAUCUCAACAUGCCAUGCCAGUGAGCUUGAUGUUGAUUUUGCAGGUAGUUUAAUAUGCAACGAAAUAAGAUAUUGGCUAUACCCACCGCUUGACAUGUACAUUUAAAGACAAGAUGGCUGUUUCUCUAAUUAUAAAGAAACAGUGCCACUUUAAUUACAUGCAAAACGUUUUGCUGAAGAGAAUCAACUGCCAUAAGUAAUGCUAUCCUAAUUGAUAUCACAUGCCUUGGCUAGGCAGUAUCACGUACAAUAUCGUAAUGCACAUUCAAAAUAUGUUGAGUUUGUUACUCAGCUGCAAACAAAAUUUAUAAAAGACCUCAUUUCAUAAUUUCAUUGGUUGCUGCUGUGUAUGAUAGUACAGUCAUGUGAAAUAGGUGCUUAUUACUGUUAUAACCACAGCUCAAUAUUCCGGACUUUCUGGCAUAUUGUGUUAACAAUGUUUUGUAAAAAAAUAAUAGUACACUCUCAUUUAUCAGUGUGCCAUAUAAUCUUGCUGUGAAUUACCAGUGCCUCCUCUGGAAAAGUAAAUGGUAAAUAAGAUAUAAACUUUCUCAUGCUUGAUAUGACAUUUGCAUUGUUAUUAGCAUGAGAGGGUUGUGUUUGCUCAUGCCUGUAUUAGUUUGUAUCUGAGAGAUGUAGAGGUGGCAU